AUGGAUACUUUUGAUAACAUGUCUGUGUUAAAUCAUCCGGGCAGUAACGCAAGGAGAAACUCCAAAUCAGCAAACGAGAUAUUUGCACCCCAGAUCCAAGAUCUGGAGAAUAUACCAAGAUCUUUCAACGAUAGCAACGCAAAUGUGGAUUUACCCAAAAACUACAAUGCCGCUAAUCAACUGCCCUUUUCGUCCCAACAGCAAAAGGUCAUUAUGGAACAUCUACUGAUAACGAAAAACAAUUCUCAGCAGCAGAAAGACUACUCUCACGUGCCAUGUAAAUUUUUCAAGAUGGGCAAUUGUCAGGCUGGCUCCUCCUGCCCUUUUUCUCAUUCACCAGACAUCAUCAGUUCUGCAAAUAAUUUGCCCUGUAAAUAUUUCGCAAGGGGCAACUGUAAAUUCGGUAACAAGUGUGUCAAUGCUCAUGUUUUGCCGAAUGGGUUGAAAAUGAACAGCAAAGAGCCCAUUGAAAUUACUCCUCCACAUAAUAAUUACUUUUCUCACGCUAGAUCCGCUUCUUUCUCUACUUACAUGUCUCCUCCACUCUCUGCACACACGGAAUUUUCUCAUUCUGCUUCGAAUGCAAACUGUUUUACCUCACAAUACCCAAUGGCUUCACCCCAGAAAAGCCCUGAGAUACUAAAUACAGAAUUCUUUUCUCCUCCUUCUUCUUCUUCUUCGUACAUCAAUUAUAAUUACAAUAACGCGAAUAUCAAUGCUUACUCUCCCGUCUCAUCAUCUUCAUCCAAUAUCUGGCAAGAGCAAGGCCAAACCACAUUAUCGAAUUCAAGCGUGAACCAGAAUCUCAGGUAUCGCACCGGACCUGCGAUUCAAGAAGAAUCAGACAAUGAAAUCGAGGAAUUAUUAAUUCAUGAUUUCAAGUCGAGACAUUGUCCAGAAUGA